AUGUACUCUCUCAUUCUCAUCGUAUCCUUGCUUCCGCUCUUCGAUACUGGCGCUUCAGAUAAUAGCUUGACGUGUGCUAUCAGACUGGGCUCACAACGUCGACCGCAAAAGUCGAGCUCACCGUUUCGACCAGCGAUGAGCCCCAGAACGCAGGCGACAGCGAUGGCGGACCUAGUCGCCUUGGCUUCCGCGCAUCGCCAUCUUCUUGCUAAACGAUGCACGCUGCCGGCAUUCUUCAUUUUCUGCGCCGUCCGCCACCCCUCGACGACGUUUCCGACGACGGGCACGCAGGAUUCGCCAAGCGACGCCGCUGUCAAAGAGAGCGCCACUGUCGACGCUGCUCGCCACGGCCGACACGCUGCGUGCACGCCGCCUCUCAUCCGUUUCAACCACGUCGAAGACGACGACUCCAGCGAUACUCCCGCAAGCUGCAUUCGCCACCGAGGGAGGGGCCAGUGCCCCCUCGAAGACGCCGACUUUGCCCGAAGGACCGAACCCAACGCUCGCCCCAUCCCCUCCACGACACGCUCGCGUCCUCCCCGCGGCGUUGUCGGUGUUGACGGUCUCGUCACGCGCACCGCCGUCCAUCGCCUCCGCCGUCGUGCCACGUAUGCGCCCUGGCCAUGCCUGGGAGACCGGCGGGAUAUCGUCAGCACGGCGAGGAGACUGGCAGACGGAACACGUGUAACGAGGCGCUCGCUUCAUCGACAUCUGGGUGGUGAAAUGACGGCGGGAGUGAUGAUACGGUCGCGCUGCAGGCAUGCUCAUUUUCCUGGAUGCCGAGCCGCCGGAGGCAUGCGCGCGGCCUCUCGGAGGACCCCCUCCUCCCUCAUUCCUGUCGCCUGCAUGGGUGGAUGGUACGAAAAUCGGUAUUUUCCUCGAGGCCCGACCGCCGGAGACACGCGUGCGCCACCCUCGGCUGAGGGAAGCGAAUGCAGGAGGGGGUCCCUCCUCUUGCUUACCGUGAGGACCGUGCCCACGCUAUUUUUCCGUCGAAGGGGUAACCUGUUUUGGCGAGUUGUUGCCGUGAGCCCCGCGAGGAAAGUCGUCAAGCCCGUGUUCUGACUCUGCGCGACCCCCGUCGUCCCUUCGAACAGACCCUCGACCUCCCUUUUUUACGACCCUUGAGCCGCCGGAGGCAUGCGCGGGCGCCUUGGGUGAUGAAAGCGGCGAAGGGGGAACUUUUCCCCUUGACAAAGCAUGCCCGAAAGUGCUGCCCCCCUUUUCGAGGACCAUGGGUGUUUAGAUGAGUCACGUCGCUCUCAGGUGUCAGUCUGAGCGAAGGCGCAUUCCACGCUGCUGAAUUGACGAUGAGCCGAUGAGCUCGUCGUGUAGGACAAGACAGGCGAGACGAUACAAGACCCCC